AACCGAUCCGUGACGUACAAAAUAAAUCGCAAUCAAAAUCUGAGCUCUGGUUUUGGAUGGUAGACAUUUAAUGAAUAUAUUUCGAUGUGACUUUAGCAAAUCUUUACGAGUAAUAAUCGAUGUCAAAUAAUGGCUCAUUUAUAACUAAAUAGUCCAAAUUGUUCCAAACAUGGAGCGUGAGCGUGUUUUAUCUUGAAGGUUUGAAAACGGAAGUGUAGUAUUUUAUCACCUGAAUAGUAAUUUUGCUCUGUGCGUGUAAGAAAAGGAAGAAAAGAGGGUUGCUUAUAGUGGAGUGCUGCUGGAUUGGAAGAGGGGUACGAGGCACUUUUUAAAUUGUUAUUGUUCGUCCACUCUGCCCGUUUCCACCUCCUUAUCCUGGCGAAAGGUUGAACGGUUAAAAUGGAGGCGGAUAGAUCCGGCGGAGGACCAAACCCGAACUCCGGAGGCGGCAGCAGCAGCGGAGCGGGGCGCAACCCAAACGGGCCCAAAGCAGCACCGGGCCAGGCGACAUCAGCUGCGACGACCGGGGCGAUGGCAUCAACAGCAGCAGCAGCGGCGGCGGCGGCGGCGGCAGCAGCAGCAGCCACCGGGGCCAUGCCCGGAUCGUCGCAGGCUCGGGAACUGCAGGACGGGGACUCGGGUAUGACGCUUCCUGGGAUCCUGCACUUCAUCCAGUACGAGUGGGGACGCUUCCAGGCCGAGAAAUACCGCUGGGAAGCAGAGAGAGACGAACUCAGGGCUCAGGUGGCCUUCCUACAGGGUGAAAGGAAAGGUCAGGAGAAUAUGAAACAGGACCUGGUGAGGCGGAUCAAAAUGCUCGAGUACGCCCUCAAACAGGAGAGGGCCAAGCACCAGAAGCUGAAGACAGGAAACGACCAGAGUCCUGGGGAAAAGAAACCAGAGACAGAGGCAGACCAGCUUCCCAAUGGGCCGGCUGAGUCAGACUCUGAGCCAGCCAAUCAGAUGUCCUGGAAGGAGGGACGUCAGCUACUACGAAAAUAUCUUGAGGAAGUGGGUUAUUCAGACACCAUCCUGGACAUGCGGUCUAAACGUGUGCGCUCCCUGCUUGGGCGGAGCAGCCCCGAGGCUAACGGACCUCCACCCAGUGAAACCUGUCCUGAGCCGGAGCCCCGGGCAGGUGGAGAGUCGCUGUUGGUCAGACAGAUAGAGGAACAAAUCAAGAGGAACGCGGGCAAGGAAAGCUCUAAGGAACGUCUGGGAGGCUCGGUUCUCGAUAAGAUCCCCUUCCUGCACGGCUGUGAAGACGAUGACGAAGACGACAGCGACGAGGAUGACGACUUCCAGGGCAUGGCCACCGACUGCAUCGAUGGGCCGCGCAAGAACAAAAAGUCUCGCGUAAAGAUGGGUUCGGAGGCCAUGACCACAGACCUGGACCCCGAGGACGAGGAGGAUGAAGAUGACUCGGAAGAUGCCCUCAGUGAAUUUGACUUCCUGGGCUCGGGGGAAGAUGGGGAGGGGGCGGGAGAGGCCCGGAUCUCGGGGGACGGACGGGAGUUAGAGAACCGCAGGAACAAGUUACAAGGCAUGAUGUCGGACUUCCCCCCUAAACCCACCCCGCCUCCCUCUGUAUCGGGACAGGCUCGCUCCGGGGAAGGUGGCGCCCUGGGUUUCUCCUCUGACGUCUUCAUUAUGGACGCCGUGGGAGGAGGGGACAUGAACCUGGGUGAACUGGCCGAUCUCACCGUUGCCAAUGACAACGAUCUCUCCAUGGAUAUGCAGGAUAACAGAGAGGAGUUCAAGAAGACGUGGAACCCUCGUUUCACACUACGCAGCCACUUCGACGCCAUCCGCGCUUUGACCUUUCAUCCCAGCCAAGCAGUGCUGCUCACAGCCUCUGAGGAUGGAACACUAAAACUGUGGAACCUCAACAAGGCCAUGCACUCUAAAAAGAACGCGGCGUUGGACGUUGAGCCCAUCUACACAUUCAGAGCACACAGCGGUGCGGUUCUGUCACUGACCAUGGGCGAGGACGGAGACUCCUGCUUCAGCGGAGGUCUAGAUGGAACGGUCAGAUGUUGGAAGAUGCCAGACCUCAACGUGGAUCCGUACGAUAACUACGAUCCCGGCAUCGAGAGCAGCGUGCUUGCGGGACACGAGGACAGCGUUUGGGGUCUAACUUAUUCGGCAGUCCACCAUCGUCUCGCCUCGUGCUCGGCCGACGGCACCAUUCGCAUCUGGGACCCGCAGAACUCGGCUCCCUGCCUGUCGGUCUUCAACAAGGAGAGAGAGCACGGCACGCCCACCUCCGUGGCCUUCGUGGCCACUGAUCCGAACCAGGUCGUGGUGUCCUUCGACGGCGGUGAGACGCUGCUGUACGACCUCAACACGGAGCAGAGCACCACUGCACUAGAGACGCAGACCAAAGAUGGCAGUGAACUGAUCAACCGUGUGGUCAGUCACCCAUCCGAGCCCGUUUCCAUCACUGCACAUGAGAACCGCACCAUCCGCUUCCUGGACAACAAGACAGGUAAAGUUGUCCACUCAAUGGUGGCUCACCUGGAUGCGGUCACCUGUCUUACCACAGACCCUAAAGGCACUUACCUCAUUUCUGGCAGUCACGACUGCUCGGUGCGCCUGUGGAUGCUGGACAACAGGACGUGCGUGCAGGAGAUCACGGCCCACAGGAAGAAGCACGAUGAGGCCAUUCAUGACGUGGCCUUCCAUCCCUCCCAGCCCUUCAUUGCCAGCGCCGGCGCAGAUGCACUUGCCAAAAUCUUUGUUUGAUAGCACUGUUGUUCUUCUGAGUCCUACAAAAAGAACUGGGCCAAAAGAGACUGAAGACUACAGUGGACAAAUUUCACCUGCUUACACACACACACACACACACACACACACACGCACACACACACGUGUCCUGCAUCCCACUGGCUGGGUCACCACCACAGGACGUCACCUCCCCUCAGACUCCCUCACUGUUCUCCGAUGCCUCAGUGACUUCUUGUAAUACUAAUCACACUGCUUUUUAUAACUUUAAAAUCGCGGCUGCUCCGUUUUCAAAUGAUCAUAUUUGGAGUAACACUUUUCUACACUACAAUAUCCUGCUCUGCUUUUUUUUUUUUCUUCAGUACGCUAACUGUUUCAAAGCACUGUGUGUGUGUGUGUGUGUGUGUUUGGACUUGCUGACACUACCCACAUUUCCACCAAGGAAACACUCACGCUGCACAACGCGCACAAAUGCACCAAUCAUUUUCAGAUGAUUUUUUUUUUUUUUUUUAAACAAACUGCUUGUGGACAAUGUGCACAUGCCGGCAGGACUAAAAACAGUAACCUUCCCAAACCAACCGACCAACUUCUUCCUUGGGAAUCAGUGUAUUACAUUCCAAAGACUGCAGGUAGAGUGAAUGUGGUGUUGUGUUUUUGGGGGCAGGGUCGGAGAAUGUUAAAAGCAGUUUUGCGUGAUGUGAGGAGGCACGAGACAGCCGCUAACCAGUGCUGGAACAAAUAGCUUUAAUUUCCACUUUAUGGCCAAGUCGCAUUGUUUGUCUGCGCAUUAAUGGGUCCCCGUGAUUCUGCCUCUCCUUAUGCGUGUGUGUGUGUGAGCGUGAGAUUAAAUGCCACUCCGCUGUACAAGAUAAAAUGAACGUAUUUCCACACCCCGGAUCCAUUUCUGCAGAUGCGCUGACCGAGCUCGGCUCCGCAGGCCGACGCUCUCACGCACACACACCGACCAGCUACAGAUGGAGAUCGUAAGAGCGCGGUUGAAGACUACAGGGGUGUGAGGUCGGUGUGUUUGCGCUCAACAGAUGACGUAGAUUGUGUCAUUCGGUGCUUUUGUACAGCAAGAGUGUGUGCGUGUGUGUGUGUGUGUGUGUGUGUGCGUGCAUAUGCACUAGUUAAAUCACGGUGCUAUGAAAGACCUUGUCAGUCUUGAGUCAGAAUCUGGGACCAGUUUGCAGUUUGUGUGUUCACGUGGGGGAGAAAGAGAGUCUGUUUCUCGCUCGCCGGGCUUAUAGAUCUGCAAUGGAGGGAAUCGACUUUGUGAAGGACAUUUCAAUGUUGAAUCAUUUUGUUAACUGUGGUCACUGUUCUCAUUAGAGGAAUGUUAAGAAUGGCGGCCUGAUCGUUUCAGGCUCGAGGAGUGCCCAGAGCUGAUGGUCAAUUAUAGGGAGGUCCAGUGAGGACCACCUGGACUGAAAAAGUUUGGUCAGAUGUGGUCUUCAUCAUUUCAUCUCUAAGUCAGUAGAUGGUGCUCGGCUUCUGGCUUGCUGUUAUUUAUUCAGAAAAACACAAAAAAGCUUCACACCUCCUGUGUGUGUUGAGGAGAGAGUUCCCUCUUGUUCGAUGUGCAUCAGUUGCACAGGAAGAAGAAACAUUUGGUUUUUUUUUUGUCUGUUUUUUUUUAAAUUCAGCCACUUAUGUCAUUUCAGAAACAAAAAGAGGAAGUAUUGAUUUAAGAAGUGUGGGUGUUAGUUGAUAUUACUCAUCACCUAAUCUGUCUCUCUGAUCUUUUAUGGUUUUGCUGCUUUCAACUCAAACAUUUGGCUUCGUUGGAAACGCGGUUCCUUUGAGAACACCUCGCCUCUGUCUCCGUCUGCGUCCUGCAUUCGUUCUCAUGACUGCAGGACACGCGUUUGUUAGGUUAUAAGUUCCCCCUUAAAAGCGGAGCUGAUUUCAUAUUAGGUGACUGUUUGUUUGUAUCUUACUAGCUUGAGAAGGGCGGUAAAAAUCUGCUGUUGAAUCAGCUGGUUGAGGGGCUUCCUCUCCAAAAUUACAGGGUCACACCAGGGGGGUCAAAGGUCAGAUCUGAGGGUUUUAGGGCAGCUGGAACUAAGAACACUAGCAUUCAUAGUUCCAGUUUUUUCUGAACUCUGAAAUUUAGGACAUUAUUGACUUCACUGUACUGCUGCUGGGCAUAAAGUCCACUUCUCUCGUUUAACUACUAUUUGGCUUCACUUUGCACUACAUCUAACAGUGGACGCUUUGGGCGCUGAGUGGUUGCUGACAGGGUGCAGAAAUAACGUUUUGCAGGUAUUUCUUACGCAAUCCGGAGUAAAUAGUACAAGUGUGGCACCUGCCGUGGCUCACAGUUAUUUGAUAGUGAGAGUUACGGAUGCUUUGUGUUCACUCUGAGCUGCGAUGCUCCCUCUCCACGAAUAAAAGACAAAUCGGUAUGACACAACAAAGAAGGGGAAAUCGAAAGAGAGGUUGUAAAUGAUGACUAGAGAUGCCAUUAUGUGCUGUAAAUGUCCAUUAUUUCCCUGUUUUUUUUUCUUGCAUCUCUCUUUUCUUUGAUUAUGAAUAUGAUUAUUAAGAUGUAAGAAUACUGUAGUAUUAUAAGUGAGUCAUUCUUCCUUGCUAGGCAUAGAUUUUGCUUGUGAUUGAUAAUGGCAGUGUAUAGCUUGUAAAAAAGCAAAAUGGUUAAAAAACAUAAAAAAUUAAGAAAAACAGUAACAAAAAAAACCCCAAAUCUGUUAUCAGUCAGAGGCCAAGGUAAAGGACUCUCGUUUUCUUUGUGUUUUUAUUUUUUUAUUAGCAAUUUAUCACUGUGUGAUAUUUUGUACAUCAUAUUAAGCUGUAUUCAAACUAUUUCCUCCAACUACAAGGGAUAAGAGACCUGCUUUUUAUUGAUUUUGUUUUAUUAUAUAUUUUUGAACUGCAUUCUAGCUUGUAUCAAAUGACUUUCUCUUUUUUGUUUUACGGGUCCCCUGUUGUAUGUCAUUAAGGAAGAAAAAAAAAAAAAUGAAGAUUUUGUACAGUGAAUUGAGAGCUGUGUUUGGGUUGUCUUUCUUGCCUUCCGGGAAGGGAUGCUCACAAAAUCGAGUGGGCAUGUGGAACUAUCAUCCCAUGCAUGAAAGAUACACCAUCGCAGAAGUACCCGAUGGAAUACUACUAAUAAAAGGAUACUCAAGGAA